AUGGACUUUGAGUGCCCCCAGGCGGAGGAGUUCGAACAGGACAUUCCCCAGGACCUGGGGCCACUGCAGUUCGUGAAGUUGCGCAAACACCACUCCCUGGUGGACAACGCCUGGUUCUGCGACCGCAUCACCGUGCAGGGCCCAGAAGCCUUAGAGGAGGCCGCCUUCCCCUGCUACCGCUGGGUGCAGGGCCAGGGGGUGCUGACCCUGCCCGAGGGCACCGCCCGCCUGGCAGGGGAGAGUACCUCGGACGAGUUCCAGAAGCAUCGAGAGAAAGAACUGAAGGAAAGACAGUUGAUCUACUGUUGGGGCAUCUGGAAGGAAGGGCUACCCCUGACAAUAGCUGCGGACUCUGUGAAGGAUCUGCCCCCAGAUAUGAAAUUUCAUGGUGAAAAGAGGCUGGACUAUGAAUGGACAGGGAAGACAGGGGCACUGGAGAUGGUCCUCAAACGUGUUUACACCCUCCUGAACUCCUGGGACAGCCUAGAGGAUUUUGAUCAGAUCUUCUGGGGCCCCAAGAGCACUCUUUGUGAGAAGGUUCACCAGCGCUGGCAGGAUGAUGAGCUUUUUGGCUACCAGUUCCUCAAUGGCGCCAACCCCAUGCUGUUGAGACGCUCCACCUCUCUGCCCUCCCGGCUGGUGCUGCCCUCAGGGAUGGAGGAGCUUCGGGCCCAGCUGGAAGAAGAACUCCAGAAUGGUUCCCUGUUUGAAGCUGACUUUAUCCUGCUGGAUGGAAUUCCAGCCAACGUGAUCCAAGGAGAGAAGCAGUACCUGGCUGCCCCCCUCGUCAUGCUGAAGAUGGAACCCAGUGGGAAGCUGCUACCCAUGGUCAUCCAGAUCCAGCCUCCCAAGGCCAGCUACCCAACCCCACCACUGUUCCUGCCCUCAGACCCUCCACUUGCCUGGCUCCUGGCAAAGGCCUGGGUCCGAAGUUCAGAUUUCCAACUGCACCAGUUACAAUAUCACUUUCUGAACACUCAUAUGCUGGCUGAGGUCAUCGCUGUAGCCACCAUGAGGUGCCUCCCAGGACUGCACCCUGUCUUCAAGCUCCUGAUCCCACACACCCGCUACACCAUGGAGAUUAACACCCGAGCACGGACACAAGUCAACUCAGCUAGUGGAAUAUUUAGUCAGGCAGUGAGCACAGGAGGCGGGCCCCAUGUGCAGUUGCUCCAUCAGGCCUUGUCUCAGAUGACCUACCGCUCCCUCUGUCCUCCUGAAGAUCUGGCUGACCGGGGCCUGCUGGGAAUCCCAAGUGCUCUCUAUGCCCAUGAUGCUUUACGGCUCUGGGAGAUCAUUGCCCGGUACGUGGAGGGGAUCAUCUACCUCUUCUACCACGGGGAUGACGUCGUGAGAGGGGACCCUGAGCUGCAGGCCUGGUGUUGGGAGAUCACUGAGGUGGGGCUGUGCCAGGCCCAGGACCGAG